GGACCAAGGUGGGGGUAGAACGCGGACUACCUUUGGCGAACACGACGCGACUCCACUCAGCUUCUGGCUAACGUAUCUGACGUAUCUUCAGCCAACCUCGAGGGUAUUAGUGCCGUGCGGUAUCUCGUAAUACCUUGAAUUGCUUGCCGCUAGUAAGAAAAACACGAUGGUCGACCAGGCAGUGCUGGACAAGCUUGAGACAGGCUACGCCAAAUUGGUGGCGUCGGACAGCAAGUCGCUGCUGAAGAAAUAUCUGACCAAGGAAAUUUUCGACCAGCUCAAGACUAAGAAGACUUCCUUCGGCUCGACUUUGCUCGACGUGAUCCAGUCCGGAUUGGAGAACCAUGACUCCGGCGUUGGUAUCUACGCCCCUGACGCCGAAGCGUACACCGUCUUCGCUGACCUCUUCGACCCCAUCAUCGAGGACUACCACACCGGAUUCAAGAAGACCGACAAACAUCCACCUAAGAACUUCGGGGAUGUUGACACCCUUGGAAACCUUGACCCGGCUGGUGAAUUCAUCGUCUCCACUCGCGUGAGGUGCGGACGUUCCCUCGAGGGCUACCCCUUCAACCCUUGCCUAACCGAAGCCCAGUACAAGGAAAUGGAAGACAAGGUUUCCAGCACCCUGUCUGGUCUCGAAGGCGAGUUGAAGGGUACCUUCUACCCUCUGACCGGAAUGGCCAAGGACGUUCAGCAGAAGCUGAUCGACGACCACUUCCUCUUCAAGGAAGGCGACCGCUUCCUCCAGGCCGCAAACGCUUGCCGAUUCUGGCCGACUGGUCGUGGAAUUUACCACAACGACGCCAAGACUUUCCUUGUUUGGUGCAACGAAGAGGACCAUCUUCGCAUCAUUUCCAUGCAGCAGGGAGGUGACCUAGGAGAGGUUUACCGUCGUCUCGUAAAGGCUGUGAAUGACAUCGAGAAGCGCAUCCCCUUCUCCCACCACGACCGUCUUGGCUUCCUGACCUUCUGCCCCACGAACCUCGGCACCACUGUUCGCGCUUCUGUACACAUCAAGGUGCCAAAGCUGGCCGCCAACAAAGCUAAGCUGGAGGAAGUUGCCAGCAAGUUCAACCUGCAGGUCCGUGGUACUCGUGGUGAACACACCGAGGCCGAGGGUGGAAUCUACGACAUUUCCAACAAGCGACGCAUGGGCUUGACCGAGUACGAAGCCGUGAAGGAGAUGCACGACGGAAUCGCCGAGCUCAUUAAGAUUGAAAAGGAGCUCUAAUAACUCGAUCCUUUCGUUAAGAAUGAAAUAAAAAAGAUAUUUAAAGCAAAGAAAAGUAACAAAUCAUAAAUAAUAACUAUUGUUUCACGCGGACAUGUACAACAGCAAUAACAACAUGGAAUAGAAGGAAAAAGAGAGAUCAAUUUUCACAACAGCGAACAGCGGAAACCCCUAGAUUUGUUCCAUCAGUCCCUCAGGUCGCUGCAUUCUGUAAAAGAAAGUUCAGAGCUUUUUACCCCCGUACUAAUUACCACCCUUCGUCUCGUUAUAUUAUAUAUACAUAUAUAUGUAUAUGUGUAAUACAUAUUUAUAGCAAUUAACACGCAGCUAUAUUAAUAUUAUGUUAUUAUUGUAAUUAUUAUUUUAAUCAUACGACUACUACGUUAAAUUACUGUAUCGUUAUUAAUAAUUAUUACUGUUAUUAUUAUUAAUUAUAUCAACUUUAUCGUAGUUCCUUUUAAUUAAUAUAUUCAACGUAUACCAAAAAAUGAGAGAUUAAAUACUGAAAAUAGUACGGAGAUAGCAAUUUUAUGUAUUAUAACAAUACAAAGUGCAUCGCAUGGUCAGUAUUCAUAUUUAUAUGUUGUAACGAAUUGAGAAUUACAAAGAGCCUGGUAUAUACUGUCGACCUAUGUAAGGAGGUAUUACAAAACGAUGUACGUUGUACAUAACUAAAAUGCAGUAUUCCUCAGGGCACCGGAUGCUGUUACAUUAUCGACUUGUUGUUGUUCUUUUUUUCGCUUUUAUUAUUGUUACGUGCUAUGAUGAAAUAUUCGUCGCCGCACAAACGACAAGUCAGUGCAGACGGAAAACGAAUAUUGUGAUUUUAAUAAACCGUUGUUAUUGUUGGGUGUAAAUUACACUGGUGUAACGGUCUUUGAUCGGUCUAGCAGACGCAUGCGUAUAGAAAAUUGUUCGUCUAUUUAGGUAUAAUACACCAUUAUUAUACUGCUAUCACAGGCGCUUACAAAGUGCCGGAUUUAAUCUAGUUGUAUUUGACUGAAGAUUUGACCGAUGUUUUUGUACACGCGCGAGGCUUCAGUGCAAGCCAUCACCGCAUUAUGUACCAGCCAAAUAAAUUGAACACACCAAAUAAAAAGACAUACAUCUAAUCAA